AUGUCCAGCUGUAAGGACCAAGCAGCCAUCAGUGAAGUGUUGUGUUACCUCCAUGAGUGGGACCAGGGCAAUAAGACAGUGCGCAGUCGGAUGCUGAUUGACUUCCUGGCCAAGAACACGGGAAAGACUUGUACAGAACUGGAGCUUGAGUUUGCUCAAGUUGCAAGCCUGUUCUUUGCUCGGCUCACUGCAUGGAUGAGACUGACCUACAUGUUUGGAACAUGUCUAGACCUUCAGCUGAAAGCAGUGGGUGUCUUCCUCUCAGCCAACAGCAGUCAUCAGUACAUGACAGAAUUUCUGGAGGUUGGUGGAGUACUGACCCUGCUUGAGAUUCUAGGACAAGACCAUCUCAAAGAGGAGGAUAAGACCAAGGCUCUUCACUUGCUCCAGAUAAUCGCCAAUGCAGGCCAGAAAUAUAAAGAGCUUGUCUGUGAAAGCUACGGUGUGAAGGCCAUAGCUGAAUGUUUGGCCAAAUCUGAGUCAGAGAGGACUCAGGAGACAGCAGCCGCCCUUCUCAAGUCCUUGGCCCAUGGAAACUCCAAAUACCAGAUCCAGGUGUUCAAGGGCCUGAUCGCCCUGCUGACCUGCACCUCCCCAAGAGCACAGCAGCUUGUUUUGCAAAUCCUACGUUCAGUACAUCCUAUUGUAAAAUCUGCUUAUCACAGAAUAGUGGAACCCUUACUGAAUCUACUGAGGUCACUACAUGUAGAAGUGCAAUAUGAAGUUUCAGAACUGAUAUCAGAGCUUAUGCAGUCAGAGGUGAGACCUGCUCUGCUCAGGAGUCUGGUGGCUUAUCUCAAACCAACCAAAGAGGGAAUCCCCAAACACAAGAUUCUGGAGGAUCCAGUAAUGGCCAAAAUGAUAGAGUCUAAUCCAGUGUUCCUGCAGCAAGCAGCUGCUGCUAAAAUCAUCAGGAAGUUGGCACAUAGCAGCAAGGAGAUAUCCAAAGAACUGCUCUCUCUCAGAGUGAUCCAUCACUUAAUGUAUGCAAUGGGCAACCAGGAACACGCAGAUGCCCAGAGACAAUCAAGCCUGGCUUUGGAGCAUUUUGUGCGCAUGUACCCAGUGGUGGAAGAGCAUGUAUGCAGAGCAAUGGGCACCACCCUGUUUGAGUCUUUCAUGCACAAUGUUGAGGCUCUACAUAUGAGUAUGGAUGGCAUUCAAGCUGAAAUUUUACGGUCAAAUGAAGUGAAUAUUUCAUGUGUGCUUGGGGAGUAGAAUUUAGAUUCUUGAAGACUGCUGGAGAAAGAAGGACAAAACAAUUUGUUGAUAGCUUUAUACUUUUGUUGAUAGUGUUCUCAUAAAAUAUUAAAACCUGAUCACUUACGAAAAAAUAAUUUUAUUGCAAAUAAAAUGCAAAGUAAUCUCUUUAGUAAUCAAAAUAC